AUGUUCCGACCAACACGCACUGUGGCCGAUAGUCGGGAUUUUGUGGUGCUACUUUGCCGGAUCAUUGACCUGGAUCCACUAAUUAGGGACCGUCGGAGGACCAUCUUGUUCUACGCUUGCUUCAUCUAUCCAUUCUUCUUUCACAGCUUCACCCUGUACACCCUGUACUACCAUCGCAAUGACAUCCAAACAUUCCUCAAAUGCAUCUCCAUUUGGGGAGCAGCUGGUCAGUGCAGCUUUAAAACCAUCAACGCCUACAUCUACCAGAAGCGCAUCAGGAAGAUUUUCGACAUGAUCACGUACAAGCAAACAGAGAGCGAGAAUGAUGCUGAGAUACAUGAAAUGUACCUGAAAUGGGCAAAGAGGCUCAGUGUUCUGCUCAAACUACUCUUCUACACCCUCACCUUGAACAUCAUUUUCUUCUCCCUCUAUGCCUUUCUGGGCAUUGUGCUGGGCAGUCCCCAAUUCAUCUUUGUACUCAACAUCCCAGGUUUCAAUACAGAUCCCAAAGCCGGAUUUCCGGACUAUGAGAUCCAGUUGCUGUAUCAGUUGGGCGCCUUGGUCAUUGGGGUGUACGAGGUGAUCGCUCUCGAUGGACUUAUUGCCUAUUUUAUCCUCAGUGGUGUCUCAAUGGGGGAUUCCAUCAUUGUCACCAUUCAGAGGAUGUCCACGGCUGUUUUGGAUGAAAGGACAAGCAGUGAGGACACCGCAGAAGCAAUAAAGCGCAUCAUUCAGCUGCAUUGGGAAUACCUCAGCUACAUCAAUAACCUCGAUGAGAUGUACAAUGGUAUGUUUCUCAUGCAAUUUGGAAGCUUUGCCUUCAGCGGGUCAGUUGCCAUGUACGCCGGAAGGUCGACUGACUACUUUGCCCUCUACAGCAUUGUACUCACAUCACUAUUCCAGCUCUUCUUCUACAACUCCCUGGGAUCAAUAAUUGAGACAAAGAACCAGGAUAUUGCCUUUGAAUUGUACAAUACCAAUUGGUUCUACAUGAGCUUGAGCAACAGAAAGAAGUUGCUGCUUAUGCUACAACGUGCACAAACUGUAAAAGCUCUGACGGUGGGUCAUUUGGCGCCACUAAAUCUUGAGACGGGCAUGUCCAUCUACAAAACCCUCUACUCAUACUUUCUCCUACUGAAGGACGCCUUUAACUGA